AUGAAUUAUAUCACAGCAUUCGAUAUAGGACUUAGUAAAGAUGUUUAUUAUAGCGGUGAAAAUAUAUCAGGCAAUGUUAUUCUUGAAAAUUCACACGAUAUUCUUAUUAAAGAAAAAUGCGAUGAAAAAGAUGAUCGCAUAUUAUAUAGUGGUUUGCAUCAAUUUCCAUUUCAAUUUCGAUUACCACACUCUUCAAUGCCAUGUUCAUUGGAGACGAAAUUUGGAACGAUACGUUAUUAUGUUAAGGUAAUUAUUGAUAUUGCACAUGGCAGUAUACCACAAGGUAUCAAAUAUUUCACAAUUAUUGGACCAUCUACAGAUUGUAUGGAUGAGAAAUAUUGUUGUGCAUUGCUUGGACAAAACAAGGAAGUAACAUGGCAUGGAUGCUGUAAACGUGGUGCUUUAGCAUUAAGAGUUAUUAUGGAUCGUACAGCAUAUUUAUGUGGUGAAAAUGUAAGAAUUUUAGCACAUGUUGAGAAUCGGCAAGAUGGAAUAGUUUGGAUUGUAAUGCGUCUAACUCAGCACGUGGAAUAUUUUGUGGAGAAGAAUGCUGGAGAAAACAAACAGAUUGAUUGUGUAGUUUUGGAAAACAAGACAUUACCUGUUCAACCAUAUACGCAAGGCAAAUUUGAUACAGCUCAAUUGCAAUCAUUUAUCUUACCUGUUGUACCUCCAACAUUGAUCGGUGUUUGUAGAUUGCUACAGAUCUUCUACACAUUUCAAGCUUAUGUAGAAGAUGAAAAAGGCAAUCAAGCACUGCAAAUGGAAUUCCCGCUUACAAUUGCUACAUUACCGUUCCUGAAAGCAACAAUGCCAAAACCUAUGCUUAAUUACGGUAUGCAAUUUUUCUAG